CACAUUUUGAGAGAGGUGUGGGCCCCAUGGCCCUGGAUGACGUGGAGUGCGUGGGGACAGAAGCCAGGCUGUGGCAGUGCCUGCACGGUGGCUGGUUCACCCACAACUGCGGCCACCAUGAGGACGCUGGCGCCAUCUGCUCAGCAUCUUUUCUAAAGCCAGUGGAGGUGCUCACAACAACAGAUCUGCCACUGGUGAGGCUGGCCGACGGCAGGACCCCGUGUGAGGGUCGAGUGGAGCUCCACCACAACGGCAUCUGGGGGUCUGUGUGCGACGACCUCUGGGACCUGCCUGCUGCCCAGGUUGUGUGCCGGCAGCUGGGCUGCGGGGCGGCCCUGGCAGCUCCCAGGGGAGGCCUGUUUGGUGUUGGCUCCUGCCCUAUCUUCCUAGAUGAUGUGCGGUGUACAGGAGAAGAGACCAACUUGGGAAAGUGUCACCACCUCGGCCUGUCAGUUCACAACUGCGGGCACCAUGAUUAUGCCGGGGCCAUCUGCUCAGCUGUUGUCCCAGCUUCACCAGAAAGAGCUCCUGCCAUUGAUCUGCCUGACAUCAGAUUGGUGCAUGGGAGGAGCCUGUGUGAAGGGCGAGUUGAAGUCUACCACAACGGCACGUGGGGUACCGUGUGCAAUGAUCUCUGGGCCCUCAAUGCUGCCCACGUGGUGUGCCGGCAGCUAGGCUGUGGAGAAGGCGUCCAGGCCCUGGGGAGCGGCCACUUUGGGGGGGGUGUUGGGAGCAUCCUCCUGGAUGAUGUGCAGUGCCAAGGCAAUGAGACCUCGUUAGGCCAGUGCUGCCAUCUGGGCUUGUCUGUCCACAACUGUGGCCACCACGAGGACGCCGGGGUCAUCUGCUCAGGCGCGGUCACAGAAACGACCACUUCUCCUGAUCCUACCUCAAUUUCAGCAACAGAUUUGGUCCUUACAACUGAUUUUUCUUCCACCUCACUAGAAGUGACCUUUCCAUCAGAUACAACCCUCACAUCAAGUGAAGUACCUCUUUCACAACGUAUGCUAUCGGCCUUCACAGUCCCUGCCAGUGGCCCAGUUUCAAUGAAAGUGACACCAUCACCUGUUACCAUUUCAGUGGAAGAAAUGAUCACUUCAUCUGAUUCACCCCUGCGCCUGGUGGGCGGGCAGAACCGCUGCGAGGGCCGCCUAGAGGUGCGGUACCGGGGCGAGUGGGGUACGGUGUGCAACGACCACUGGAACAUCAAGAAUGCCCGCAUAGUGUGCCGCCUUCUGGGCUGCGGCCGUGCGCUGGGAGCCCCGGGUCGUGCCCGCUUCGGCCCGGGCUCCGGGCCCAUCCUGCUCGACGAUGUGAGCUGCAAGGGUGCCGAGGACGCGCUAGAGAGCUGCAGCCACACGGGCUGGGCGCGCCACAACUGCGGGCACCACGAGGACGCAGGCGUGGUCUGCUCAGGUCCUGCUGACUCCGUUGUGCCCAAGGACAAUGCCCAGCUCUUCUGCAUGCCCCACCUCUUCCAAGCAGUUGUUGACCGAGGCUACCUCCGAAGACUGGGGUAUUCCUCUUGGAAUGUCCACCUAAAUGACAAGCUGUGUCGCCCCCAAGUCACUGGGCGUUACUUGAUCUUCAACAUUGCCUAUGGCCACUGUGGCACUGUCUGGCAGAAACACAGUGGCUCCCUCAGCUACUCCAACUCCAUCAGAGGGCACAGAUGGGGCCACCAUGACAGAGUCAUUUUGCGUCACAAGAUACCCCAGGUGAAGUUCACCUGCACAGUGGACAGCCCGUCUGCAGUGGAAGUCGUUCAGGAGGCUGAUGACCCCCAGAUAGAGGGUGCCAGCUACGAUGUGUCCUUUACAUUUCAUCAGUCACCUGCAUCCUGGCAUCAUGGGCACAUGUCACACUAUGGCAGCCAGAAGGAAGAGGUAUUCCUCCAGGCCACCCUCCACAGCCCCAAUCCCAAUGUGUGGCUCUUCGUGGAUACCUGUGUGGCUUCUCCGAAUCCCAGUGAUUUUACCACCAUCGUACACGAUUUGAUCCGGCAAGGGUGUAUCAAAGACAAUACCUAUGUCAACCUCCAGUCUACACAGAAGAAUGUGGCCCAGUUCAAGUUCAAUGUCUUCAGUGUUCUUGAUAGCUAUGAUGUAGUCUACCUGCAAUGUAAGAUUGUCAUGUGCAGAAAAAGGGACUACUCCUCUCGCUCCUCCCAGGGUUGUAUGGAGCGGAAAAGGAGAGAUGCAGAUCCCUUGGAGCCAAAGGAAGAGCAGACUAAGCAUUUCCAGAUAGUGGGACCUCUGGAGAUCAACAAAGCAACUGUUCAGAGGAAGACCUCUGUUGCAGUAACAAUAGAAUCCAUCACUUCUGUGGAAGAGCAGAAACCAGCAGCUGACAUCUUUGCAGAGCCGUCACUGAUAACAAUCCCUGAGCCCUGGACUGUUCCAUCCACAGGAGUCUGGAUGGAGGUGAGGCUGCUGAAUGGCAUAGGGAGAUGUUCAGGCCGCGUGGAGAUCCUUGUCCAGGGAACAUGGGGGACAGUGUGUGAUGACCUCUGGGACCUGGCCGAGGCCACUGUCGUGUGCCACCAGCUGCAGUGUGGCCAGGCAGUGGCAGCCUCCUCAGGGGCUCACUCUGGAGCAGGCUCCAGGAAAAUCCUGCUGGAUGGUGUGCAGUGUGUGGGCAGUGAGAGCCACCUGGGCCAGUGCAUGCAUGGGAGCCAGGCUGGACACAAGUGUAGGCACCUGGAGGAUGCAGGAGUCAUCUGUGCAGGUGACAGCCCCUCAGCUCCCACAUCCUCAACAGGCACCCCCAGUUUUCACUCCACACUCACCCCAGCAGGUGAUGGACUGGCGGCAGCCCCCGACACACCGCAGCCUCCUCGCCUUCCUUCCACAUCCACAGCGGCAGGACAUGUAUCUUCAACCACAUUUCCUUUCUCUGAAUCUGCUGCCCUGAAACUGAUGCUCAGGCCGGAAGAUGGAGGAAAUCUCUUCACAUCCUCUGUCUGGCCUGCAGCUCCACAGACCAUACUCACACCUACAGGAGGCUGGGUCCCUGUGAGGCUGGUAGGCACUGAUGAACGUUGUGCAGGCCGUGUUGAACUUUUCUACCAGGAAGUCUGGGGGACCGUGUGCGAUGAUCUCUGGGACCUUCCACAAGCAAAUGUCAUCUGCAGGCAGCUGGGAUGUGGCUGGGCCAUUUCAGCCCCAGUUGAGGCCUACUUUGGGGAAGGUUCUGGGAAGAUUCUCCUUGACAAUGUGCACUGCAGGGGAACUGAGCAGCGCCUUGAGGAAUCCACUCAUGUUGGCUGGUUCUCCCACAACUGCGGUCAUGGGGAAGACGCCAGCGUGAUCUGUUCAGGUCGCCCAGUGGCUGUCUUGGCAGCAACAAUGGCUACAGCAAAGUCUUUGGGGAAGACCUGCUCUGGUUUCUACCUCACCUACUCGUCCUCCUCUAGCUCAAUGACUCUUGUGUAUUUCCGAGGGUUCAACAACAUAGGGAAAAACUUCAUUGCUUACUAUUAUUCUGCAACCAAAGGGUGUCCUAUUGUAUCCACAGCCAUCCCAAUAAUAUCAGCCAUCCAAACACCAACAGUGAUUCCAACAACAACAGCCAUCCCCAAAGCAACAGCCAUCCCCAAAGCAACAGCCAUCCCAACAGCAACAGCCAUCCCAACAACAGCCAUCCCAACAGCAACAGCCAUCCCAACAACAGCCAUCCCAGCAACAGCCAUCCCAACAACAGCCAUCCCAGCAACAGCCAUUCCAACAGCAACAGCCAUCCCAAAAGCAACUCCCAAGACAUUAAUAGCAAAGCCAGAGGGCUGGCCAGAGCUACGGCUGAUGGAUGGUUCCAGACGGUGCUCAGGCCGCGUGGAGGUCCUCUACCAGGGCGUCUGGGGCACUGUGUGUGAUGACCUGUGGGACCUCAAUGAAGCUGAAGUUGUGUGCAGACAACUGAGGUGUGGCCGAGCCAUCUCUGCCCUUGGGAAAGCCCACUUUGGCCCAGGGUCAGGGGAAAUCCUCCUGGACAACCUCCAGUGUGCUGGAGUGGAGCGCUUCCUGGGCCAGUGCACCCACUCGGGCUGGUUGGAGCACAACUGCGGUCACCAUGAGGAUGCUAGUGUCAUCUGCUCAGGUACCCUCUCCCCUCUCAGAUGGGCACUGACAGCGCCAGAAUUCUCCAGGACCAUCCUGCUAGCAGCUGCCCACGUGGGCGGAAGCUCCAUUGUUUAUCUGCGGCUGGUGGGUGGCUCUGGUCAGUGCUCAGGUCGUGUGGAAAUCCUCCACGAGGGAGUCUGGGGCACUGUGUGUGACGACCUGUGGGACCUCAGUGAAGCUGAAGUUGUGUGUCGGCAGCUGGGGUGUGGUCAGGCCGUUUCGAGCCCCGGUGAGGCCUACUUCGGCGCUGGCACAGGAGACAUCUUCCUGGACAACCUCCAGUGCUCUGGGGUGGAGCAUUUCCUGGGCCAGUGUACCCACCUGGGCUGGUCAGAGCACAACUGUGGCCACCAUGAGGAUGCUGGUGUCAUCUGCUCAGAUGCAGAAGACCCGUCUCUACCUACACCUCCAGGUCUUUCUGCAGCCUCCCAGGACCAUAUAACAGGAGGAAGUAAUUCUUGUGGAGGGGUCAUUUCUAGUCUCUCUGGCUCAUUUUCGAGUCCACAGUAUCCAGAAAACUACCCAACAGACAUCCAAUGUAUUUGGGAGAUUCAUGUGGAUAAAAAAUUCCACAUAGAACUCAUGAUUCCAAGCUUGAAGUAA